AUGGACGUCACUUGCUCAGGAACACAACUAAAUGCAUCUGCAACUACUGUAUCGGAAAGUCACGGCUAUGCGACAAGGCUUAAAUCGAAACAACCAGACGCCUGUGAACAUGCGACCUCUUCGACUAGCUGUGAGUACAUAUUUCCUUAUUUGCAACAGCUGUACAACAAACCAUUGCCCAUAACUGUAGCCAAAAAGAAAGAUUUAUUAAAUCUAUGCGAAAAGAGUGUUAUACCUGAAGAGUACCAUGGCUGGUUUCAGUCUUUGGCUACAGAUAACAGAACUGUUGACUGUUUACCUGAAGCAGCAAUUUCUGAAGAGUCUGGUUUAUCUGACAAUGAGUAA